CCCAUGUGAUGCGCCACCCACCAACCGAUUCUAUGCCCACUACACCACCACUUGCUAGCCCUCCUCGAUGCGCUUCCACCCGAGGCGGUGAGCGGCCUUGGGCAUGAACGCAUUUCCAAACAGGGAGCUCCGGAGCAAAGCAAGUGCAAACAAAUGUUGAAAUGUCAUUUGGUGCCUUUUCGCAGAAGCAUGGCGUGAAUCAACAUCGAUGGACGUGGUUGGGCGGCAGACGCGGGGUGUGUAUGCACGCAACGGGAUUGGCUGGGAGCGCUGAGAGAAGGUUGGAUAAAACAGCACGAUGUGCAUACAAAGGGCGUCGCAAAAUUUUGGGGCCGGAAUCGGUGAGAAGCAAAAGGGCUUUGGAUGCAGGUAGGUGUCAUUAUAAAGGCGUCUGUUGCCUCUUUUCCACGGCCCUCCUCUGCCUCUUACCCUUUUGAAACAGCAAUUCCAUCAUCUAUUUCAACAGAAAAACCUUGUUUGGGCGUUGAAGUUGUUGCUUCGAUUCACCUCAAGCUGUUUCUGAGCUCGGGGG